AUGUCUUCUGGAAUAAUUGCUCGGGGUGAUCCCAAUGUCGACAAUGGUUUUAAAGUUGUGUUCGUCCUCGGCCCACCUGGUAGUGGGAAAGGAACUAUUUGUAAAAUUAUGUCCCCUCGCUAUGUAUUCAAACACCUCUCAGCCGGUGAUCUUUUACGUAAAGAAAUGAGUCGAGCAGAGUCAAAAUUAAGUGAGCAAAUUAAAAGGCAUAUGGAAGAGGGCUCAAUGGUGCCUGUUGAAAUAACGUGCAGACUUCUCUCAGAUGCAAUGGAAGAAACCAUGAAUACUGACGGCAACAAUCGCUUUCUUGUGGACGGUUUCCCCCGUAACGAGGAUAAUAAGACAGGUUGGGAAAAGUUUAUGGGUCACGUUGAAGUGUGCAAAGUAAUUGCUGUUGAUUGUCCAGAUGAUGUAAGUAUAAAGUUCUAUCAUAUUUCAUCGUCAUGUUAUUCAUAG